GCGGCUUGCGUUAUGCCCCGCCCCCUUCCACCGACGGUCCAAUUUUGACACGGUGGGAGAGUGCCUCGCGCGCUAUGGCUGCCACAGACAUGGCGGCUCCUGCCUCCGAGGUAACUCCUCCGGUGACUGUCGAUAAUUGCGCUCCCGUCUUGGAUGAAACUCAUACAGAAGACGACGGCAACACCGCAGCGGAAACGGUGGAACCACCCGGCUCCGGGGAGCCGAAAUGGGUUGAGCUGAAGGCGGAGGCCGGCGAGGCGGCGGAGCAGGCCCCGAGCGAGGCGCCGCCGUUUGACGUUCCAGAAGCGGUGAACCUGGAGGCGACACCCAGUCCCCGAGAUACGGAGCUGCCUUCCGAGGAGCUGCCGCCGGAGCCGCAACGGAACUUUGCAGAUGACAACGGCGAGCACGUCGGCUGUGCCACGGAGAACGAUCUUAAAGAGGAGCCUGGCGAGGAGAGCCGGUGUUCGGGUAUGGAGGAGUGCGACAAAAAACCGACUUGCGUAGACGGCGACAAACUGAGCGGCGGACACGCGGCGCUGGGGGACAAGAGGCGCCCGAGCGUGGAGAUGUCCUCCUCCGACGGUGAACCGCUGAGCCGCAUGGACUCCGAAGACAGUAUAAGCAGCACCUUGAUGGAGAUGGAGAGCACCGUGUCAAGUGGGCGCUCCACCCCGGCUAUGAUGAAUGGACAGAGCAGUGCCAGCUCCUCUGCUGUUAAGACUGUGGCCUACUCCUGUUGCUGGGAUCUUUGCCUUCAGUACUUCAACUCGAGCCCCGAUCUAGCUGAGCAUAUUCGGGGCGUCCAUGUGGAUGGACAAAGAGGAGGGGUGUUUGUGUGUCUGUGGAAGGGUUGCAAGGUGUACAACACCCCAUCCACCAGUCAGAGUUGGCUCCAGAGACACAUGCUGACCCACAGUGGUGAUAAGCCCUUCAAGUGUGUCGUUGGUGGCUGCACCGCAAGUUUUGCCUCCCAGGGGGGGCUGGCUCGCCACGUUCCCACCCACUUCAGUCAGCAAAGCUCUUCCAAAAUGUCCAGCCAAGCUAAACUCAAGGAGGAGUCACCUUCCAAGGCUGGCCUCAAUAAGAGGAAGAAGCUCAAGAACAAACGCAGGUGCUCCCUACCGAGGCCCCAUGACUUCUUUGACGCUCAAACCAUGGAUGCCAUCCGCCACCGAGCCAUCUGUCUCAACCUCUCCACUCAUAUUGAAAGUGUGGGCAAUGGCCACAGUGUGGUCUUCAGCAGCACGGUGCUGGCCAAAAGGAAGGAGGGCUCAGGAAAAGUGAACGUUCUCCUACACUGGAUACCUGAGGACAUUCUGCCUGACGUGUGGGUGAAUGAAACGGAGCGGUCUCAGCUGAAGACCAAAGUGGUGCACUUAUCCCAGUUGCCGCAGGAAACCGCCAUGCUGCUGGACCCCAACAUAUACAGACAAUUCUUUCCAUAUCUUUCCAGAGCGCUUCCACAGAAGCGACUAAAGCAGAGCCCGUAAGGAGACGUCUCUGGACUGAAUUUUUAUUCCUUGGUUUUAGAAGAUAAUUAGGAUCGGACACGCACCAUCGUCGUUCUCUGGAAUGGCACAUGGAACAAUAUGAACAACUUGCCUUCAUCAGGAACUCUGGAGAUUUUUUUU